AUGGCCGAUCCCCGCUAUGACUCCUACAGGGAUCUGGCCAAGAACUAUGAGAGACGACUGGAUACCCUACUAGAACAGGGGGUCUUUAAGCCGAUUUUUCUAUAUCAUGUUGUCAUUCUCAGCAUUUUACCUUUGAUAGGUAUGGUCAUUCCUCACAGCAGGGGUGGACAAUAUAUUCGAAAGGGCCUUUUCGUGCUCUGUAUUGCAAUUGCAAUCGAAGUUUUACAAAACCGACGGGCAAUCGUCGGAGGAAAUGGCUAUAUGCUUGGCCUGGUGACCGCGUGGUGGUUAGUAUGGAAUGCCACGUUAUUUGUGUUUACAGACCUUGAACAUGAUUUCAAGCGCAUUGAACGGAAACCUGUCGAUAUCAAGUCUCAAAAUGACGCCAAAAUUGAGCCUAGUACUCUCAGAAAGUCGCUCGACUCGAACAAUCCAACAUGCACACAACGGGACAGUAACCUUUUUGUUUGGCGGUCAUAUCCCGAAAAGUUUUUGCAUCGUCUUGAAUGGUCUGCUGGACUGCUCUUCAACCUGAGGGGGCCAGAAUGGAACUGGCGGGCUUCCCAUCUAGGUCCUCUUCCACAACCAAUUCACGACCAAUUGCAUUCAGGUUUCAUGGGCAGAAUCAUCGCACAUGAACCCUCCACAUAUCCCAGCGGCAAAUACCGCCUGCAGGCUGCCUUUCGGAAGUUCUUCUUAUCUUACCUUGUGCUGGACAUCUUGAAAGUCAUAAUACUGAUGCCGGAUCCCUACUUUCGAGGCCUCACUCCAGCCGAUUCACUGUCACUAUUUCCUUUCUUCUACGUUACAAAUCUCACAUUGCAUCCUGCAAUAGCCCAGCUCUGUCGUCGUUUAUACAGCGUCAUAAGUGUGUAUUUCGCUCUCGAGUUCGUGACAUCGCUCAAUCCAAUCUUCUUCCUGGGGCUAUCCCUCGCAUUCCCCAACGGGGCCAAGAAGCUGACUGCCGCACCGUUGGGUGCUUCAUGGCUGUAUGCCGAUGCAUUCGGGCCAUUCUUCACCCCGGUCCUUGAUGAAGGACUGGCGGGCUGCUGGGGACGUUGGUGGCACCAAAUUUUUCGGUACGGAUUUGUAGCUUCAGCACGCUGGAUCUUAUCCGUGCUUCCAGCCAGCUUGGCUUCCAAUCUGCAAGUCCGUCGUGUCACUUACGUGGUGGUGGCUUUCUGUCUUAGCGGCUUUGUACAUGCCUGUGGAAGCCGAACUCAGAUUGCAGAUACAUCCCCUGUGUCCGGGACAUUCCUAUUUUUUGCAUUGCAGAGUGUUGCAAUCAUGGCAGAGCAGUUUUUCAAGACAUCGAUUCUCCCAAAAUUGCCUUUUGCUCGUACGCCGAGAUGGCUGGGACGAACGGCAAACUUAGUGUUUGUAUUUUGUUGGUUGAUGGUCUCAGGUGGCCUCAUCGCGGAUGACUUUGCGAGGGGUGGCUUAUGGUUGAUGGAGCCGCUUCCAUUUAGUCCACUUCGUGCAUUGGGAUUUGGGCUACAGGGCCAAAGUUGGUGGUGCUGGAAUGAGCCCUGGUUCCGGUACUCGAGUGAUGGUACAUACUGGGGGAGUGGCAUACGGGUGUUAUAG